AUGGCCCAGCAGUUUCCAACUAUGAAAGCAGAUUCAAGCAACUCAUCCUGGCAUUUUAAGCUAUCAAGGAUUUGGCUCUUCCUUCGCUGCGUCCUCCGCCCGGCCACGGUGCAGGCCUCGUACGUGGACAUGUCGGCCGACGACCCGAGGCUGCCCCACCGCAGCGAGCCCUGCGGCCUGGUUCGCCUGGAGCACCUGCGCCUGCUCGGGGUUCUUUACUGGAAGCUUGAUGCUGACAAAUACGAGAAUGAUCGGGAGUUAGAAAAGAUCCGAAAACAGGGAAACUAUUCCUGGGUGGACACAAUAACCAUAUGCAAGGAUAAACUAACAAAUUAUGAAGAAAAGAUCAAGAUGUUUUAGGAGAAGCACCGGCACCUGGACGACGAGAUCCGCUACAUUGGCACCGGCUACUUUGGUGACAGAGAGGACAAGUGGACCCUCAUCUUCAUGGAAAAAGGAGACAUGAUCACCCUUCCCGCGGGGAUCUAUCGGUUCACUCUGGAUGAAAACAGCUACAUGAAAGCCUUGCGGCUGUUUGUGAGAGAACCGGUGUGGCCGGCCAUUUCUAGGCUCCGGGGCAGCACAUGGAAUUUUUGGCACAGACAGGGUAGCGGCGCCCUGGGGCCUCGCUCACCCUUCGCCCUUGGGAAUGUCCUGAACGUGAUCCCGGCAGAGAACUUGUCGUAGACCGGGGGCCACGAGAGCUUUCCUCUGCCAGGUUAUUUGAUCCAAGGGUGUUCUGAUGAAAGGAGCUUUUUAAACAAGUGAUUUUUACAUGUUAGCAGCUCUGGGAAUGUGGACAGAUCACAUUUUACCUAAUUCGAGAUCCGCGGCCAGCAGCCAUGCGUCAGCGCGCACGUUCGAUUUUAACGCAAACGAGAGCAUCUGCCAAACGUGCUUGCGGAGCUGCUCAGCCCAGACCUGGUGCUUGGACGGUGAGCAGAUGUCGGUCGAUGCCACGCCUGCCUUGUAAGCAGGUGUCACAGUGGAUGACAGACUGGCCAGCUAGAGGACGUUUUUCUCCCAGAACUGGGUGGAGACCGGUCGGGGGUCAAGCUCUCACAUUAGUGGGGGACACUCGGGGUUCCUUGUGUACUUUCUUGUUGGAAACAAAGUAGUUGCCUUAACUGUGUACUCUGGGCUUGGAGUCCUUAUUCAGGAACAUAUUGGUCAGUAAAACCACCGUUCAGAUACAAAAAGAAAAAAAAAAAGCUAUCAAGGGUUCUAACCUCAUCACAGCAUCAACCAGAGACAGCGGUGAUGCAAUAAUGGAGUGAGGACAGGAUCAGGGGACAAAGUGUUACUCUAGAUGCAGGGCUUUGACCCAUAGUGUCUCAUCCAGGGCCAGAGAUGCCUCUGCCCUCACUCUCCGCAGCCAUACCUUUUCUCAUCCCUCUUUGCGAUUGGCUCCCUUCUUUUAACCCUUGGA